CUACUAAACCUAGCUACAACAUCACAACAAUCAAAGUCUAACAUGAAUAGAACGACGAACAAAGCACUAAACCCAGCUAAUACAAACUCAGCACCAACAACGAAAGUAUCCAAUAAUAUACCAAAAAAGGAAGAUGUGAUGGCCACCUAUCCUGAACCUGAAAAAACAAAUGUACCGAACUUGACGGCACUAACGAUGCAAGAAAAAAUACAAACCACUAACACCAAAUCGGACGAUAUCAACGAAGCAAGACCAACGGACAAAAGAAGCAUCAAUUGGAUGAUGCCAUCUAUGCAAGAAAAAAUACUAACCAAUGAGAAAAGCACUGAACAGGGCGAAGCAACAAUUGGAUAA